CCAAUUCAGGCAGGAUGCAUUUGGAGAGAGUAGUGGAUAAAUCAUUUGCUUGCUAAUGGGUUAAUGAUUAAUUGAAAUUAAUUAGGGGUAUUUUCAGGAGCACCGCCGCUGUGGCUCAGUAUUUGGCCUGGAUAAUUUCAAUGAGAUUUAGGCGCCUUAACGGAUGCUGACACUGAUCUGAAGGUGCAUACUGCUCCCGGACGUGUUUGUAACGGCCAUUCAACGUGCGGACGCUCCUACCGAGGCUACACUUUCUGGCACAGAUGUGCCUCAUAUUCACAUAUUCGAGGAUAUCUGGCUUUACACCGAUGUCUACGGGAUGCAUACGUGAGUUUACAAUACGAACGUAGGGAGACAGGUGACUCAUCUCGUGCACUGAAGCCAGCAAAAGCCAUCGGAAAAGAGUCUUGGAGAGACUGCGUCCCGACAGCGUGGGUAUAGUCCUAUUCGAGGGAAAUAUAUUGUAUUAGGGUUUAAAGUUCCACUUUCCGCUUGACACCGUGGUGCAUUUAUCGAGGUGAAGCAUUGGGAGUAAAUUGGUUCGUGUUCGGGGGAAUUGCUCAAACAGCUUUUGCUGAAUACUGACAUGGUCAGUGAAGAUUUAUGACAGGAGAGAGCGAUACUGUAUCUCUUCGCUGGCAAAACGACUUCUUGUACCGCCACAACUGUGCCACGAGACACACAAGGAGCCUUUGAUAGGCACUGGAGCGGACCCAGUGCAUAUCAAGCAGCGCCCUGCAGUAAGAGAGUAAUUUGGGCCAUAUACCCGUUACAAAGAACAUCAUUUAGGGUGGAAAAAUUCGGACACUUUUCUUCUUUAACGAUGAAGGGUUAGAAGCAACAGUCACCGCUAUCACCAAACCCAUGUGAAGAGAAUGUGCCGCGGGUGCGCACUAGCCAGAACUACAGAGCCCGCAUGAUCAUCGAUUCGCGCUGUGAUUUUGUGCUGCGUUCGUGAAAAAAGAAGAGAAAGGAACCGGGGUAAAACAUAAUCAAACAAUAGAGUUUUCGAUUCCAAGCAUGGCGACCAGGAUAUUAUACUUGUUCGUUUGGUCUGCGGCAUUUCUUGCUGAGCUGCAGUGCGCCUCGCAAAUGACCACCGCAGGGCUUGCAUUCCCCACUGCGGGGCUUGGCAACAGCAGCAGCAGCGGGGAUGCCAGAAGCAAAAAAGACUCCAACCAGACCUACAACUCCCGACUUAAGAGGAAAAACCUGGCCAUGGAUUUUGCAGUGCCCUCUCUGUUGCGCUACUACAUUACCGAGUUGAUAAAACGUCCACUUAACGGAGAUUGUCUGACUUUUAGUGGGUGCUAUACGGUGCGCGCUAAUUUAAGGAUGCACUGCAUUCCCUUACAAAAAACGGUGGCUACUUUUCUUGACCCAAAGUUGGUUGCAAUCGAUAGCAUGGCGGCAGAGAAUUCAACCAGUGCUGGUGGACAGCUUCCGCACGGCUACAAGAGGCCGCUGUCCAAAGUUCUGAAUUUGGGUUUGACGAAAGCCAGCCGUAAAUCGAAUCAAGUCGUGGUGGAAAUUGGGGAGGACUUGGUUAAAACGGGAUGCGGUGGACUGGCAGUCUACGAGGAAGACCCGAUAUUUUUCCUGGAAAUUGACCUAACAAAUAUUUUGGAAUGGUGGUUCGGCGCCGAAGGGGGCCGGCUAAGAGUCCGGCUUAUGCCAGAAAAGAAAGCACAGGUUCCCGGGAGAGAGGACAAGUACACCGCGGCGAUACGAGCAGCAGACCCCCGCCUCUUUCUUCAUAUAGCCUCCGGAGGUGAGUCGCUGGUGGGCCGAACCGGACUGGGUGUCCCACGGGGUUACUGGAACUUCUCCUGGCUGGCCGAGGAUGAGCUAAACUCCCCCAAGGUCGUGGCGCCGACAUCAGAUACCGGGUGCCCCGGCAACAGGAAGCCAUGUGACCACCCGCAGCCGGAGGAUAACCCGGAUUUCACGUGGAGCGUGGUGGCGGCAGACAACCCCUGGGAAGAGGGGAACGGGAGGAUGGAGAAGAAAGGAGGACGUACACAGGGCUGGGAGGAAGGUCAGUUCCUGUGGGUGAACGGCUCUGCCUUGGCAGGUCCAUGGGUCCUGAGCCCCUGGCUGUGGGGAGGUUGGGACCCCUGUGGGAUGGACAUGGCCAUGUUCCUGCACCCCCUGCAGAGCGGACGCUACACGGUGUGGCUCAUCGAGAGGGACAAAAUUCCGCUAGCCCUCUUGUCCACUGACAUGCUUCCGCCCAUCACAGGCUGGGCAGUGGUCCACCUCACCCUGGGGUCCCGUGGAAUGGCGACCUUCAGGAUCCAAGCCAGCUAUGACCGGCCGAACGAACAGGACGCCACCGCCACGAUCAAACCGGGCUUCACCACCAACUGCACCAUGGAUCUCUCCCCUUUCCACAACAUCCCCCUCCAGGGCCAGUACCAUUGUCACCACGGCCCGGGGGUCCCUCUGGGACAGUUGUGUGACUUCACGAUGGACUGCCCACUCGGCGACGACGAAGGGGACAUGUGCAGUCAGUUUCUCAACGGCAGCUACUGCUCCUUCGAGGAUGGUGAGUGCGGUUGGCAGCCAACAGCGGCCAAGGGAUCCUCCUGGAGGCGUGUCCACACCCCGCCAAAGGGGGUGCGGCCCAGCUGUUCAUCAUCCUCAGGUGCCAUGUUCAGUGUGGACGGAGGGCAGUCCAAGGGUCAUCAGGUGUCAACGUUGCUCAGGAGCCCUCUCUUCCCACCUCCCCUACGGAACUCUCGAUGUGAGGUACGGUUCUUGAUGUGUUCUGGAGGUGGCCAGAGAGGGGCACUGUCUUUGUGGCUGGUGGAAAACAGCACACGACCAGAGGAGCAGCGCAGACUGUGGCACUCUGCCAACGAGCGCAGGACCAAGAAAGGCUGGAGGCGCAUUAUCGUUCCUCUCUACGGACUUGUUGACUGGUUCUGGCUCCAGUUCAGUACUGACAAUGGAUCAGGUCCAGGAUCAGCGAUUUGUCUGGAUAACAUCUCCUUCAGUAUGGACUGCUUCCUGGCCUCCAAUGGUGAAUUUCCUCCAACGGUAACCGGCACCACUAAACUGCCAUUGAAACCAACCAAUCAGAACAUUAAAACAACCACCCCAUCCAAUGGAAACUCAAGAACAUUGUCAGACCUUCCUACUCCAACUGACUCAACGAAAUGGGCCUUUCACACUUGUGGGGCAGUUGGUUCAGAGGGGCCCACCCCAACCCAGUGUACCAGCUCCUAUCGGAACAGCAAUGUCAAUGUUAAUGUGACAACCAGAAGCCCAUUCAAAGGCAUCCAAAUCUGGAGGGUACCGGAGACUGGCAUCUACAGGAUCACAGCUUGUGGGGCGGCUGGCGGUCGCAGUGUAUUGGCCAUGACCAAGUCACAUGGUGUCCAACUCACAGCGGACUUCCCGCUUCAGAAGGGCGAGUUGCUUCAUUUCCUGGUGGGCCAAAAAGGAGAAGACGCUUGCCCCAAUACCAACAGGACACUGAACAAGAUCUGUUUAGAGCAGACGCCAUUGGACAAGAAGACACAGGUCAAAGGGGGCGGAGGAGGAGGAGGAGGAGCCACCUAUGUGUUCAAGGUGGAGAUGGGUGUCCACAUCCCCCUGAUCAUCGCAGGUGGAGGUGGGGGACGUGGGUACAGCAGCCAAUCGGACAGCCAGGUUGAGUCAAUGGACCACACCGGUGUACCAGGGCAUAACGGGAAGUCUGGAGCGGCAGGUGGAGGCGGAGGUUGGAAUGACAGUAACCCUGGGUCUCAGGGUGGGAGACCCCUAAUACUUGGAGGCCAGGGGGGGCAACCCUGCCAGAAGUCGGGCUGGAAGACUGUAGGGGGCUUCGGGGGAGGGGGAGGCCCCUGUACAUCCGGUGGUGGAGGAGGGGGGUAUAGAGGUGGCAACACCUCUGAAGCAAAUGACCCAAAGCAGGACGGAGAGGACGGCUCCUCUUUCACCCACUCAGAGUUAGAGAUCUUCCUGGAUGCUCUGAAAGGGAUGGAAAGUGAUGGAGAGGUGAUCAUCUGCCCCGUGCAGAACUGUAGCCACUGUGAGACGGGCGAGUGUCAUGAGAACGAGGAGGGGACAAUAUGUUACUGUGACGAGGACCUCGUACUUGCCCCCGACGGUGUCUCUUGUGUCAAUGCAUCAACAGAGGUAUCUCCCCUGCCGCCCCAGCCCUCCCUGUCCCAUCUGGCCCUGGGUCUGUCUGUGGGGACCUCAGCCCUCAUCGCUGCCCUGCUGCUAGCUGUGUCUGGAGUCAUGAUCAUGUACAGACGGAAGCACAUAGAGCUACAGUCCAUUCAGCUGGAGCUCCAGAGCCCAGACUGUAAACUGAGCAAGCUGAGGGCCUCCACCAUCAUGACCGACUACAACCCCAACUACUGCUUCGCUGGGAAGACCGCCUCUGUCAACGACCUGAAGGAGGUGCCCCGACGCAACAUCUCCCUCACCAGGGGUCUGGGACAUGGUGCCUUCGGUGAGGUGUAUGAAGGGAUGGUAGUGGGGAUACCUGGAGAGUCCAGUCCCCUGCAAGUAGCAGUUAAGACACUCCCUGAGGUGUGCUCUGAGCAGGAUGAGCUCGACUUUCUCAUGGAGGCUCUCAUUAUCAGUAAAUUCAGCCACCAGAACAUAGUGGGGUGUAUAGGGGUGAGUCUUCAGGUCCUGCCACGCUUCAUCCUACUGGAAUUGAUGGCCGGAGGAGACGUCAAGAGUUUCCUGAGAGAGACGCGGCCCAGACUGGAGCACCCCUCUAGUCUCUCCAUGGUGGACCUGCUCAACGUGGCCAGAGAUAUCGCACAGGGAUGCCAAUACCUGGAGGAGAACCAGUUUAUACACCGGGACAUUGCAGCUCGGAACUGCCUGCUGACCACCAAAGGACCGGGGAGAGUGGCCAAGAUAGGGGACUUUGGAAUGGCCAGGGACAUUUACAGGGCGAGCUACUACAGAAAGGGUGGGCGCGCCAUGCUGCCUGUGAAGUGGAUGCCUCCCGAAGCCUUCAUGGAGGGGAUCUUCACCUCCAAAACGGACACGUGGUCCUUUGGGGUUUUGCUAUGGGAGAUCUUCUCUCUGGGCUAUAUGCCCUAUCCCAGUCGCAGUAACCAGGAAGUGUUGGAGUUUGUCACCAACGGGGGAAGGAUGGACCCUCCCAAAAACUGCCCAGGGCCCGUGUACCGAAUAAUGACACAGAGUUGGCAGCAUCAACCGGAGGACAGGCCCAACUUCUCCACCAUCUUGGAGAGGAUUGACUACUGCUUACAGGACCCCGAUGUGGUGACUGUUACCUUACCUGUGGAAUAUGGGCCCCUCCCCGAAGAGGAGGAGCGGGUGCCCAUGCGCCCUGAGGACCCAACGGCCUCUCCCCUGCUGGUGUCCACUCAGAUGCCCGACGGGGAGGGCCCUGCACCGCCACCCUUUGCCCCUGACUCCGAGGUGAAACAAAGAGUCAAGCAGCCCCUCCUAUCCAGCCAACCCCCCGAAACUGCCAAGCACCAGGUGAUGGCGCAACAACCCCAGUCCUACCCCCACCCUCAGACAUUCACCACGACCACCAUCACAGCCACCUCCUUCAUCUCCACCUCCAAGGCGCCUCCCCCCAUCUCCACCCAGCAGCCCAACCCAGAGGGGGGCCACAUUAAUCUGGCCUUCGCCCAGGGCCACCCUAAGGAUAAGGAUGGUCACAAUGGGAAGCCCACCAACCUGUGGAACCCCACCUAUGGCUCCUGGUUCCUCCAGCAGCAGCAGAGGAAGCAGCAGCAACAACAGCAGCAGCAAAGGCAGGGAGACAUGGGCAGUGGGGGUGGGGGGGUUGGAGGUGGGAGGGUGCCGGGCGAGGGGCAGGAGUACCAGGGGCGGACUGUGGCCGAGGCGGCGGGGGCCCUGGGUCUCCAGCAACAGCAGCACAAGCAGCAGCAGUUCCAGCCACCUUAUCCCUUCCAUCCGCAGCAGCAACAGCAUCAACAACAGCAGAUGCAUCUCCUGCACCACCAACAGCAGCAGCAACAGCAGGGGCUCUGCAAGCCCCUCUUGCCCCCUCCGCCCCCACCCCAGGCCACCUUCUCGGAUAUCACUGCCCCUACCCCGCUCCUGUUAGAUUCUGCCACCCUCCCCCCAGUCCCCCUCUUCAGACUUCGCCACUUCCCCUGCGGGAACAUCGGCUACGGCUACCAGGAGCAAGGGUUGCCCCUGGAGGUGACCCACCACCACCACACUAACCCUGUCAACCCCCAUCCUCCCCCGUCUCCUCCUCCCCCGCCACCCGUGGCCCUCCAGAGAGGAGUGGAGGGGACCCAGCUGUCGCUGAGCUGCUCGACGACGGCCAAAGCCGAGGACAGCCGUCCGCUGCUGGUCACCAUGGGGACUGUGCAGGACCCCAGGCUGCCCCGGAUGGAGGGCCGCAAUGCCACGGUGCUUUAGCCCAACCUCCAUCUUGCUUUUUGUCUCUCACCUCGGAGACCAUGUGUAUAGGCAGACAGGCGUACAGCCAGACUAGAUGGUACACCAAGCAACAUUGUGUCAGGACAGUACCCGCUGCCUUAUGACCCCCCCCCUCUUGGUUUCAUCCACAGUUUGGAUUGACACAUUUUCACCUGGCCAAUGGUUGCGGAGUCAAAAAAAUGUAAAAGAAUCUCUGAAAUGCCUGCUGAAAUACCAAUGGGUGUUAAAGUAACUGCCCAGUGUUUCCAGAUUUCUAUGAAUAUUACUUACAAUAUGAGAGAAAUAGUUUUCCUUCCAAAAAUGGGUAAUUGAGUAUGUUAAAUAGUAGCUUUUCUGUGUUGGAAUUGUGUGUGCGUACCCCAACAACAGAAUGGUGUGGGCUUAUACCAGUCAUAAACAAUAUUCACGUACAGUGGGGAGAACAAGUAUUUGAUACACUGCCGAUAUUGCAGGUUUUCCUACUUACAAAGCAUGUAGAGGUAUGUAAUUUUUAUCAUAGAUACACUUCAACUGUGAGAGACGGAAUCUAAAAUCCAGAAAAUCACAUUGUAUGAUCUUUAAGUAAUUAAUUUGCAUUUUAUUGCAUGACAUAAGUAUUUGAUACAUCAGAAAAGCAGAACUUAAUAUUUGGUACAGAAACCUUUGUUUGCAAUUACAGAGAUCAUAAGUUUCCUGUAGUUCUUGACCAGGUUUGCACACACUGCAGCAGGGAUUUUGGCCCACUCGUCCGUACAGACCUUCUCCAGAUCCUUCAGGUUUCGGGGCUGUCGCUGGGCAAUACGGACUUUCAGCUCCCUCCAAAGAUGUUCUAUUGGGUUCAGGUCUGGAGACUGGCUAGGCCACUCCAGGACCUUGAGAUGCUUCUUACGGAGCCACUCCUUAGUUGCCCUGGCUGUGUGUUUCGGGUCGUUGUCAUGCUGGAAGACCCAGCCACGACCCAUCUUCAAUGCUCUUACUGAGGGAAGGAGGUUGUUGGCCAAGAUCUCGCGAUACAUGGCGAGUAUUGGAUGCAUCCUCCCCUCAAUACUGUGCAGUCAUCCUGUCCCCUUUGCAGAAAAGUAUCCCCAAAGAAUGCUGUUUCCACCUCCAUGCUUCACGGUUGGGAUGGUGAUCUUGGGGUUGUACUCAUCCUUCUUCUUCCUCCAAACACAGCGAGUGGAGUUUAGACCAAAAAGCUCUAUUUUUGUCUCAUCAGAGCAGGUCUACAAUUUUAGCCCUGAUGUCCUUACACAGCUCUCUGGUCUUGGCCAUUGUGGAGCGGUUGGAGUCUGUUUGAUUGAGUGCGUGGACAGGUGUCUUUUAAACAGGUAACGAGUUCAAACAGGUGCAGUUAAUACAGGUAAUGAGUGGAGAACAGGAGGGCUUCUUAAAGAAAAACUAACAGGUCUGUGAGACCUGGAAUUCUUACUGGUUGGUAGGUGAUCAAAUACUUAUGUCAUGCAAUAAAAUGCAAAUUAAUAACUUAAAAAUCAUACAAUGUGAUUUUGGGGAUUUUUGUUUUAGAUUCCGUCUCUCACAGUUGAAGUGUACCUAUGAUAAAAUUUACAGACCUCUACAUGCUUUGUAAGUAGGAAAACCUGUAAAAUCGGCAGUGUAUCAAAUACUUGUUCUCCCCACUGUAAGUAGCCCGCUGAUUGGCCAGCUCAUCCUCCUCCAGACCACUGAUUGGCCAGCUCAACCUCCUCAGGGAGAUGACGUGUUCUAUGAGGAAAUAGCAAGCAUUUUUUAAAUGGUCUGUUUGAGAUACAAGUUAAAGGUGGAGUUUUUGAAGUGUUUUUCCCCCCAAUUUAUGCUUUGGCCACAAAUACGAGUAUAGGACGAGUCAACAACAUUAACAAAAUAUAAAAGUUAGAUUUUCACUGGGCCGUUACUUUAAAGCACAUUGGAGAGCUUCAAAGACCAUUGGGAAGACAAAGUUGUGGACCAUUGGCUAGAAAAACAGGAACAAUGGACAUUUUGCAACACUUGCUAAAAUGUAGCCGCUAAGGGAGUGAUACACUAUACGAAGAGAGCGGGCUGAAUGAGUUGUCAGCUAUUGUAACAGGACAGGGUGAAUCGUUUCCAUCUGGUUGAACUAGCUAAUUUAUCCGCAAUGUUUUCACGAGUCAACCGCUUAUCUUCGCGGCUCUGUAGAUGUCAAUGCAGCCUUUCAUCACAAGUCAUUCUGGAAACAAACAGUUUGUGUUUCACAAACAAAAACAUGUAGAACAUGGUAACUGAGAACAAUACACAUCUGCCAGAUGUCUAACUGAUUGUAGCAUUAAUUAACUUAUUUGGCUGUCAAUCAUUGCAGUUCAUCCAUUUCCUUUGGGAUUUCUGGCCUUGGCAGUUGAUUCACCAAUCAGAAAUGAUUUUUUACAAAAAUAUUGGGAGAAUCGCACACUGGAUUCCGGAGAGGAUGAUAUUGUGUUUGUUGAUGUUUGCCUGCCUUCUCAUUGACUUAUUAUUUCGGGAACUCUGUAUAUUAAUGGACACACUUCUUACACCCAACCAUAUCCAAAUUCAUUUGGCAUUUUUUUAGAAGCAGGAAUUUUUGUCCAAUGUCGAAUUAAAUUGACCAAUGAAUGGUAUUUCAGAUAGUUGGAAACUAAAAGCACUCAUCUAGUUGAAUGUUGCUAUGGUAUGAGGGUGGGAGUGAACGGGAACUGUUGGGGGGUGUAAUGGUGCCAUAAGCACUGUAUGUGGGCGGCUAUUUUUGAACUUUAAGGUGCGUGAGUAAGUGGUAGUCAUCUGUGUGUGCAUAUGUUUGUGUGUUUGAGAGAAAGAGAUGGAGGGAGAAGGGGGAGAAAGAAAGAGAGAUGAAGAAUGUUAUUCGAGGCACAAUACUAUGGAGCUUACUUCAUACUGUUUAUUCAGGCAAGUUUACCUUCCAUUUCUCAUUGGAGAUUUUUGAUAUGUAUAUAUUAUGGCCCUCUAUGGAAAGACAGAAAUUAGUGUUCCAUCAACUUCCAUGGACACAUAGUUGGAGAUUAAUUUAAUUGAAAGUGUGCUUUUAAAAUAGGAAAUGUUGGCAUUUUUGCUGGGGGCCUUUUUUCAACAACCUUUUCUUGAUUCAUAAUUUUUUUUUUUUGCCUUACCCAGCGGCUAUAUUUAACAUUGCUGAAUAGGUCGUUACCCCUAAACUGCUAUUUUAAAGUACUCAAUGUUAAUACAUUUGCAUAAUUUAUCUUUUCUAUUUUAAGAACGACUACUGUAGAAUAUAAAGUAUUCUGAGUGAAAAGUUUGAAUACAAAUUGCUUGUGGUCCACUUGUGCAAAAUCUAUGGCUAAUAUUUUGUGAGGAUCUAACUUCUUACUCCUUCAGUUAUCAACCAUGUCUACAUUUACAUUCAAUGUGCAUAGCCUCAACACUGUCAAUGCAGUCUGCUUUUAUACAUUCAAAAAGUUUGCUUGUGGUUAUUUUGUGAUUAUUCAUUAAUUUGAAUGUACAGUGCGAAUCAACUUUCACGUACUUAAGUCUCAAACGGACAUGAGUGCUAGUCUAUGCUAAGCUAAGAUGAAGUUGAUUUGAGUGCAUCCAGGAAGUGCCAAUGUGUCAGUUGUUUGCCUGUCUAUGUUGUUAACCCUUUACUUGAACACUCUUUCAUAAAGCUUUACAAGCUGUCAUAGACAUGUCACAAGUAGUGAAAACAUUUGAUAACACAAGGUGUUGUUCAGUUUAUGUCUUGAAGUAAGCUUAUGAUAGUGGGUUCAAGUAACACGUGGCACUAUUGUUCAUCUGCAGUGGCUGUGUUCACACAAAUUGCUGUUUCUUUGCAGCAACUCAUCUGAAGUCCGUUGCUCCUUGUAAAAACCAACUGAAUUGCAUCUGUAAAAUGUUGUAAUUAUGAUGUAUUGUACUAUGACUGGUAACCUCUGAAUGUUGCCCUUCAGAUGACAUCUGCCAAAAUUAAUAAAUUACUAUAUAAUGACUA